AUGGAAGUUCCUGAGGAAGUUUUGGUGGAUCCAGAGGGUUUGCAGCCGACCUACGAGCUUGACUUUAGCUAUGAGGUGAGAAUUUCAAACAAUACAUAAAUUUUCUCAUUCAAAUUUUUCUCCCCUGUAGCUGGAACGCUGGAUGUAUGGCAUCGCGUUCCUUGUUGGCCUCGUUGCUUUCACCUUCACGACUUACCGGCUCAUACGGUAAAGCUUCUAAACUUGAUGAAUUUCAUUAAAAAAAAAUGCAGAACUUCUCGAAGAGACCUCGUCCUUGCUGCUCGACUAUUUUCCUACAAAAUCAGUUUAACUGUGGCCGACAGUAUAGUUCUCUUCAUUUACGCUCCGACGCAAUUCUUGUGGAUUACCAAUUUUUGGGUGAGCCGCCAAAAUUUUUCAAACUGCAAUUCAGUAUUCUUAGUGGUACGGUGGCGAUAUCGGGUGCCGACUUUUCAAGUUCGUCGCCACUUUUGGGUUUCAUCUGACUGCCAACAUGCAGGUUAAUUUUUUUUUAUGGAACGGGGUGUAUAACAUUUUUUUUCGUAGUUUUAUUCUCUGAAUACCCUUUUAUGAGUUUUUUUAAAAAAUUUAGCUCUUUCCAAAAGAUUCCCUCAGGGCUUUAACAGUGUGAAAAAAUCAAGCCUUUAAACUCUCAAAGUUUUUAGCUUUUACCGUUCAAAUAAUAACGUAAAAUUUAAAAAGUUCGUAAAUAGCCCGGCGCAUUCAAAAGUAAAUAGAACGCGUCCCUAAGCUUGAAAUUUGACCAAGUUCAUUUUUAAUAACCUCCCGAGCCAUCUUUAUUAGUCAUUCUUAAACUCUCGUCAAAGCAGAUUAUGAGCAAUGAAAUUACUAUCCGUUUUCUUGAUCUCCCUAUUCGCGUUCUCAUUACGAGUUCUUUUUCAGCUGCUUGUCGCUGCCGACCGACUCUUUAUCACCGCCAAAAUGAACAGGAUGAAUGUGAACGUGUGUCCAAUUUUUCUCUCGAUAUUCAUAAUGAGCUUAGGUGAAGAAACGGAACUACAACACGCGGGUGUCUCUGGCGGCUGCGUGGCUGAUGGCGCUAAUUUGUGCCCUCCCACAGAUUUUCAUCUUCCGUCAAGGAGUUUCUGAGGAGGGCUAUCCGCAAUGCAUAUCUAUCUGGUGAGCACAAUCAAAAGUUUUAGGACAAUCUUUGGAAUGCGAGUUUGUGUUCCAUGAGAAUUUGAACUGGAAAAAAUCUAGGUCUGCGUAAGAUUUGACUCGCUCCAAACCCAUUUUUAGUUUGGUGAACACAAAAAAUGGAUCAUUUAUAGGACCGAAAACAGAAUAUACUACAUGGGGAAACUUCUCGAAAUGGACCAUUAUCAAGUCUUCAUGUCGUUGUACAAGCAGAACUCUUCGCGUUUGUUCCAUCCAAACAUGACACUGAAGGUAUGACUAACCAUGCACUUGCGCUGAGGAAACGAGAUUUGUUAGGUGCACCCUCCUCCAGUUCCAGAGUUCAAUCCCGAAGAACUGAGCAUCAGCAAGAGCAGAUGGAUGUUCUUGGAACAGGUAGAGAUUUCGCUCAAAAUUCCUAGCUAAAUGUCUCAAAUUAUGUCCGAUUAACCAUUGGUCAGUUGAAAAGUCGGAAGACAUCUUCUUCUCAGCCAGAAAAUUUGUUCUACUUUUUUAUUUGUGAACUUUUCGGAUCUUGACCUAAAAUUGUGUGACUUUCUGUGUAAGGACUCUUAAGGCUCCACCUGACAAAAAUCCCUCAGAAAGAACUCUAUGAAAGUACAAAUAUUUCCUAACUGCUCAGUUACACCAUUUUUAUUUGUAAUGCCACAGGAAUUCUGUGAAUAAUUAUUUGAUCCAAGGUUUUUAAAACUUGAACCAUGUAUUCAGAUGUACAACGUCAUGCAUUUGGCUACGAUUUGCGUGUUGCCUUACUUUCUGGAGCUUCUGUGUUACACUCUAAUCCUCUACAUACUGAAAAACGCUAGCCGAGGCGAUUUCAAAAGCUUGAGAGAUGUUUUCCAAGAUUGGUACGUCUGGUGUUGCUUCGUUUUAAAAUGCACAUAAUUGCAGGAUGUGUUUCUGCCUGAGAUCAUCGAAUUCCUCCAAUUGCGACUCGGCUAACACGCAGGUAGUCAUAAUGAUAGUCUUGCUCGAAAAUCAAAUCCCACGCAAAUAAUCAAAAGAAAAAGAAAAAAAAGAGCAAUUUGAUGUUUCAGGAAACGCAGUCUCUGGUCACGAUUGCGAUGCGCUCACGGACGCAAACGGAGAACGAAAGCAGAAGUUGUAAGACAAAGAUUUCGGUGGGACGAAUCAGCACAAUUGAAUUAAGACGAAAGCAACCGACGGCGUGCGACUUCGUUGGGCGAGCCGAUGGCUAUUUCGAGCGUACAAACGGACGACACUGUCAAUUAUCAUCAAGCAGGUGCUCUGACUGAGAACUUUUUCAGAACUUUCAUAGAAAUAACAGAAAAAAAGAGGAAAAUGUCUUGCAUUUUUUUCAAUAGUUCAUAGCUCCAAAUCAUGUUUCUUUCUUUAGGAACACCGCAAACUCUUUAACCCGGGUAAAUUAGCGUCGGGCUUGUUGAAGAAGUUUUUCAAACUUCAAAAAAAAAGCAUUUCUUAAAGACCUCAAAGUUUUGGAAUCAGAAUCACAAAAAAAACUUUCCUGUUAAAGCUCAAUAAAUUUUCCGAUCGGAAAAAAACAUUUCUCAGUUCUCAUCCCUCCAACUCUGUUAAUUUGCAGAAACAACCAUAGAAGAUGAAACUGAACUUUCGAAUGGCAUAGACUCCCAACGAACCAAUAACUCUUCAAGGUUUUCAAACCUACUUCCAGGAGCUCUAUUGAAUAGAGUUGCGCGCAUGAGCAUGGAGAAUAAUAAAGCUACACUUCGAGCUUCACCAAACUCACGUAAGUUUUCAUACUUCAAGAUAUAGUCAAAAUGGAGAGAAAAAACGGGGGGAUUCAGUUCGACGGAAAAGUGAACUUGCAAAUGGGGCGCAACCAUCUCUCUGGGCUAACACGGUGGAAGCAGCUCGUCGGAAAGCUCGUUGGAAGGUAAAAAUUCGAAUGAAGAUUCUGAAAGAAUUCUGGAAUUGUUUUUUGAGAGAAAAUGUGCUGACAAGUUCGCAAAUCAGCUUCGAUUUUUCAAGGCUAAAAAACUAAGACGUGUUUUGGCCGGUUUUUAAAAAUUUUACAAGUAAAGAUUUUUUCGAUCUAGUUUUUUUCCUCAUAAAAAUCACUCCAAUAAAAAAACUGUUAUAAUAAAGUCGAAAUAACAGGCCUUCGUCAUGCUGUCCAUGAACCUAUUGUUCUGGGCGCCGUACUGCGUCCUCGGCGUCGUCAGCGCUGUAACCGUUUUCGAAGGCUUUGCCGCCUUCCAAUUUGUGUGUGCUUUAGUUGUCUUCAACGCCAUAUCAAAUAUCUUGCUCUGA